CCUGCAUUUUCUUCAUAUUGCUAUUUCACAGUGUCAGAGACAUUUCUGAGCAUCAGUCUGUGGGCUUGUAGCCCCCAGCCAGUAACAGUGUGCAGGGUGUGAGGUCAGACUGUAGGCUAUAGGCCCUAUCUGUCUCAUGGCUGGUCUGUGUGUCUGAUUGGUGUGUGAAUUCACUUAAAACACAGCAAUGUGGUUUAUUUGUGCUGUAGAACACAAAUACAUGAAACAGACAGAAAUAAUAUUUCAUUUAUCUGAUUUACUGCUUUGUUGUGGCUAACACCACUGUACACUUUAAAUAUGAAAUGUCUGUCAUCCUGAGAGGACCUCUGAAAAAUAUCUAUACACACACACACACACACACAUACAUAUAUAUAUAUGUAUGUAUAUAUACAUACAUAUAUAUAGAUAUAUAUAUAUAGUUAAAAAAACAAACAAAUCUUGUGUGAUGGAACUUCAGAAUGCUAGUUUGCACAUUCUUGGUUCUUUACCUUUCAUCUGACUUUGAUGUGUCAUCACAUUCUGAACAGAACAGUGUGCUCUCCAACAGAUCUGAGAUUCACUCGGUAUCAGUACACACUCUCCAGGUUAUCUGCACGUGUUUACAGUACAACUCGUCUGAAACUUCGAUUAAUUCGGCGAGUUCAUCCAACAUUUGAUGACUCUGACCUCCAGAACAGAUUCAGAGAACAACAUGCAGGCAGAUCGUGAGAUGAGAAAGAGGAGGGCUAGUGAUGAUGGCAGGAUGCCCGACAAAAGGAUGAGGUGCAGUAACCUCACCAACCCUUCUGAACACAGUGAUGUGUCAGUAAAGGACAGAAUCAGUCAAAGGGGAAAGAGGAAGAUCAGUGUAGAUGCCAGGCCACCUGAAAAGAAGAGAAGGUGUAGCAUCAGAAACAGCUCCAACUCUGACCCCAGUGUAAUAGCUGUGGUGGAGCCCAAAGCAGAGACAAACAAGAGAAAGGCCAACGACGAUAAUGAGGCACCUGAGAAGAAAACCAGUUGUAGUGACAGCGGAGUGUCCUGGUUCCCUCUGCUCAGUGAUACUGAAUCCUCCUCUUCAUCAGCAGCAAAUGUAAAUAAGAGUGGAGGAGACGUCUGCAACAACACAAGCAGUGCCUCGUCCGAGGAGGAGAGGAUCUUUGAGUUGGCCUCCUCACUAAACACAAGCAGAGCUGAUUUCGUGAACAAGUACUGCGAGUUGGAUCCGAUCGGUGAGGGAGGCUUCGGCACAGUGCGCGCUGGCUUCCGUAAAUCAGACCAUCAACCAGUUGCCAUCAAGCACAUUCCCAUGAGCGCUGUGAGAACAGAAAAAGUUAAAUGCAAUGGGAAGGUGUUCAACAUCAUUCUGGAGGUGGCACUCAUGCUGAAAACUGCAGGUCUACCAGGAUCCAUUGGACAAUCCACUGCUGUGUCCCUUCUGGACUGGUACCAUCUGGACCAGGAGUUAAUACUGGUCAUGGAAAGACCAAGAGGCUCCAUGGACCUCUUCAGCUACCUUAAAUUUCGCGGAGGAUACCUGGAUGAACAUGAGGCAAAGAUGAUCCUGAGACAGCUGGUGGACGCAGCCAUCGACAUGCACUCAAAGGGUGUCUUUCACCGGGACAUCAAGUUACAGAACGUCCUGGUGCAGUUGAACGGUGGAGAACCCAAAGUGCGUAUCAUCGACUUCGGCUGUGGCAGCUUCUCCACUGAGGCGUCUUACAGAACUUUUUGUGGUACCCGUGCAUACUUCCCUCCCGAGUGGUUUGACGAUCAGAAAUACAGUGCUCGUCCCACCACUGUUUGGCAGCUUGGAGUACUAUUUUAUUCAUUGCUGUGUGGACAUAGGACCUUUACCACCGUGAGCUUCAUGAACAACCACAUUCAGUUCAACAGAGAUCUGCCCAAGGAGGUCAAGAUCUUGGUGUAUAUGUGUCUGACCAGAGACCCUGAGCUGCGAACCACUCUGGAGGAGCUACAGAUGCACCCUGCGCUCAACUAAGUCUCAUCCAUCCACAACUGCAUCAGUGCAGGACACACAGAAAAAAAGGACAACACAAAGGAAAUUAUUCAUUUCUACGAUACUGACAUUGACUUUUUCCCCAUCUCGAUGUCCUGUGUAACCCCCAGCCGUCCGUGUAGAGGGGAUCUCUCUUUGAAUUGCCUCUUCCGAGGUUUCUUCCCAAUUUCCUGAUGGGCUCAGGAAUUCUGGGGAGUUUUUCCUCGUCCUCUUAGAGAGCUUGGGCUGGGUCAGGAACCAAUUGUCAUGCCUG